UUCUACAUGUCAAAAAUAUCAAAGUCAAGCUGAAAAUUUUCAUUUCACCUGUCUGUCUAGUGUACUUUUUUUACUUUUCCAUUUUCAAUAAAAUAAUUAAAUUUUAAUUGAAUUAAAAUAAAAUGCCGAAGAAAAAAACCGGCCAACGUAAAAAGGCCGAAAAGCAAAAGCUUCGCCUCAAAGAAAUUCGCAGCAAAGAAGUACAACUUGCUGAAGCCCCUUGCAAUGCUCCCAUGGAAUGCGAAAAAUGCACGAAGAAGCAAAAAUCAAGAGCAUUUUGCUAUUUCUGUCAAAGUCUACAGCGUCUUCCGAUUUGUGCCCAAUGCGGCAAGGUAAAAUGCAUGUUAAAGACUGGCGAUUGUGUCGUCAAACAUCCUGGCGUCUACACCACCGGCCUCGGUAUGGUUGGUGCUAUUUGCGAUUUCUGCGAAGCUUGGGUGUGCCACGGCCGAAAGUGUCUGCAAUCGCACGCUUGCACUUGUCCCUUGCAGAAUGCAACUUGCAUAGAAUGUGAACGCACUGUUUGGGAACAUGGCGGUCGUAUUUUCAAGUGUUCAUUUUGUGAAGGUUUCCUCUGCGAGGAUGAUCAAUUCGAACAUCAAGCUUCAUGCCAGGUUUUGGAGUCGGAGAACUACAAAUGCCAAUCGUGCAAUCGUUUGGGUCAGUACUCUUGCUUGCGUUGCAAGACAUGUUAUUGCGAGGAUCAUGUCCGUCGCAAGGGAUUCAAAUACGACAAGAACAAAGCUAUCCCAUGUCCCAAGUGUAACUAUGACACUUCAGUUACUAAGGAUUUGAGUAUGUCCACUCGGAGUCAUAAAUUCGGAAGGCAAGCUCAGUUCGGUGAUGACGAUGAUGAUGAGUAUGAAUCUUAUUAUGCAUCAUCUUCAUACCAACCAAGUGGUUAUUCUGCAUCUGGUUAUGGUAAUGAUGAAGAAGAUGACGACGAUGAUGAUGAUUACGAUGAUGAUGAUGAUGAGGACGAUGACGACGAAGAAGAGGAUAGCACUCAAGAAUCAGAAGAAGAAGCUGCUAAGGAAAAGGAUACUAAAAAGCCAGAUGCAAAAUAAAACUCGACCUUUGUCAACAUUCAAAGAUUUUCACAAAAUAUUCAUUUAUUUUUGUUGUAAUUUGUUUUAGGAAAAAAAAAAAGAUAAAAUAAACAAUCCAUAAUCUCUGAA